AUUUUUGGUGGAAAUGUAGGGGCUUACACUUAUGUGUCAGAGCUAUGGAGGAAGAAGCAAUCGGAUGUUAUGAGGUUCUUGCAAAGGGUGAGGUGCUGGGAAUACCGCCAGCUCCCUUCUAUCGUCCGUGUCACCAGGCCUACCCGUCCUGACAAGGCACGCCGAUUGGGAUACAAGGCCAAGCAGGGCUAUGUGGUCUACCGUGUUCGUGUGAAACGUGGUGGAAGGAAGAGGCCAGUUUCCAAGGGUAUUGUGUAUGGUAAGCCCACCAACCAGGGAGUCACCCAACUGAAGUUCCAGCGCAGCAAGAGAUCUGUUGCCGAGGAACGUGCUGGUAGGAAAUUGGGUGGUCUUAGAGUCCUCAACUCUUACUGGAUUAACGAGGAUUCUACCUACAAGUACUUUGAGGUAAUAUUGGUCGACCAAGCCCAUGCUGCUAUUCGCAACGACCCAAGGAUCAACUGGAUCUGCAACCCAGUGCACAAGCACAGGGAAUUGCGUGGUCUCACCUCAGCUGGUAAGAAAUACAGGGGACUCCGAGGAAGAGGACAUCUCCACCACAAGGCUCGUCCCUCAAGAAGGGCAACCUGGAAAAGGAACCAGACUCUGUCUCUCCGCCGUUACCGUUGAUCUACUUGAUCUUUUUGAGAGAUUGUUGCUGGCUUAGUUUUUUGCAUUAUCUGGUUUUAGUUCCUUUAUCUUGAGACAAGUUCAGCUGUUUACAUUUUUGAAGAAAUACAUUUGUAUUGAAGUAUCCAUUUUGCCGAGAUAGUAAUGGAUAGAGAAGAGUCCUAUUGUCUGUUAUGAGAGUCAGUGCAGAGAUACGUGUGACAGAUGUUGAGAACAGUUUGUUUUAAAGCGUUUCUUAAUUUGCCUUGGCAGACAAAAUUAUGUACCAUUAUUUUGGAAUGAAAUGUGCCAGAGUAGUGUGGAAUGGA